CCAUGCUCCGCAGGAUAUUUUACCUUACAUCCUCCUGUUUCUCCUUGUUCGUCAUCAUCUUCCUCACCUUUUCACAACCUCACACCCGUUGCCGACUCAUGCUCUAAGUCUGGUACCGAGGAUAAUCAACCUGAUAGUCAGGAUAUCCAUGCAAAGAAUAAUGUAAUCAAUGAAUCCUUUUCAUUGCCUCCAGACUACGUAUUCAUAAUUAAAGUGCUGCUGGAUGAAUGCGUGGAACACGAGAAACGAUUGGCUUCGAUGGGGGCACAGAUUGAUCGUGUUAAUCAAGAGGGGAUGCGAGUUACGGAGGCUGAAAGACAGGCUUGUUUUGAAGAAUUGGAGAGCCAACGUGCUGCGCAAUAUCGUGUCCGAUUGACACGUUUCUACCAAGGCUACACAAUGCCUGAUGAACUGUUCACCUGGACCAUAAACCAACUUCGACUGGUAUCUGUGACAGAUCUCAACUUAGCUCGGCCGGAUCAGGCUCUCGAGCAAAUUCGACAGAUUGACUCAGUUAGGUGA